AUGCAAAUGAACGAACUCAUUCAUGCCUAUCUGGACUACCAAUCUCGCGAUUCUGGAGAUGGUAUACCUACUGUCUCAAAUGAAAAUGACAAUCCUUCUCUCAAUACUGCCCUGGUACUCAGCAACAUUGAGCUCGUUGAUACUUUCUCCUUCGUACUCUUGCAGCCUAUCAGCAAGCUCACCGGACUUGUCCCUGAUUCACCAUCCAGGCGCAAUGCAAAAUGCUGUGCCACUUGCAUGAUGUUUGCACUCAAGCACGACACUCCAAACUGGUGGCUGUUGAAUGCAUGCCCAGCAUGUACUUACAAACUGGUAGAUGAAUCACCACUCCAAUUUGCUUGGUUUGCCACCAUCGACGGUAAUAAUAGCCUUAAGCGCUGGGCGUCUUCAAGUCCUAAUUCUGUUCCUCGUGAUGACUCUCGUUGGCCGAGAUCAGACUACUGGAUCAGUCGUGCAGUAGAUAAAUUCAAAGACGAAGUCAGGUCCAGAACUGCACUCGACAAGAACAACAAGGUCAAUGACUGGGAGGAUGUACACAAUGACAAAGAAGUCCCAGGCGAGGCCAUUUCCAUUGUACAGUCCAUUGGCGCAACGCCAGACCCGAACAAUACAAGAAAAUGUUUUCAGUUUUUGAUGAAUCCAGUAUUUUCAUUGCUGCGUGACGUCACCAUUUUGUCUUGGUUGCCUGCGAUAUGA